UGGUCGAGCUGUUACGGCUUUGGGUGUAGGUUCACUGUAACUUUGUGGGUUAGUUUCACGCCAGAGCUCACAGCGGAGACCGAAGUGAGAAUCCGAUCCUCGGAUGGAGCAGCAGCCUAGUGUCCCGCGGAGCUGCACCAACGUAGCUCGAGAAACGCCCAUGAACCUUAAUAUUCAGAGCACCACUGGCACCCGCUAUGAGCUGUCCGUACCGCUCAACGAGACCGUGGAUGGACUAAAGCGACGAAUCUCGCAGCGGCUCAAGGUGCCGAAGGAGAGGCUCACCCUGUUGCACCGGGAGACGCGCCUGAGCUCGGGAAAACUGCAAGAUUUGGGGAUAUCAGAUGGCAGCAGACUAACCCUGCUGCCAAGCGUAGAAGCUGGACUAAUGUCCCAGAUGUCCCGUCCUGAGCAGUCUGUAAUGCAGGCCCUGGAGAGUUUGACGGAGACGCAGGUGAAUGAUUUCCUAUCUGGCCGUUCCCCUCUUACGCUAGCACUACGUGUUGGUGAUCAUAUGAUGUUUGUGCAACUCCAGUUGGCUGCUCAACAGUCAGGGGGUUCUCACCUCCAACACCGGCAUGUAAUCACCAGAGGAGCUGACGCUGGUGCACCCCCACAAUACCGCACCUUACAUACAAGCACGUCUGCUCUUUCCCAUUUGGCAAGUUGCACACCAGGCUCUACUCCACCCACUACGUUGUCUCCAACUUCUUCCACACACUGCGAUGCCCCCCAUUCGUCUCCCCUUACCACAAGCGUCUUCCGUUCCCACGGAGAAGGAGUGUCACCCUGUGCAGAGGUACCAUGCAGUACUAGAGGAACUGAGGGAACAAGCUCUUCACCAUCAAGCAGAUCCCGGAAGCCCGGUGCGAUUAUUGAGAGCUUUGUCAACCACGCUCCUGGUGUUUUCUCAGGGACAUUUUCUGGCACUUUGCAUCCACAUUGCCAAGACGGUGCAGGUCGUCCCCGCCGGGAUAUUGGCACCAUCUUACAGAUUCUAAAUGAUCUGUUGAGUGCCACCCGUCACUACCAGGGUAUGCCACCGUCUCUAACCACACUCCGAUGUCACACCCAGUGUGCAUCCCAGGCCAGGAAUGCUAAAGCUACCUCUCCCCAAAGCACGGGACCCCAGCAAACCACUCAUCCAGUAGGCCAUUGUCAGGCUCAGACCCGCACAUGCAAACCAAGUGGAGACCGCUUGCGACAGACUGAAAAUAGGGCGACUCGAUGCAAAGUUGAGCGAUUGCAGCUGCUCAUGCAUCAGAAGAGAUUGCGCAGGAAGGCAAGGAGAGACUCAAGGGCUCCAUAUCAUUGGAUGCCCACCCGAAAAUCUAGUCGGACCAGCAGUAACAGCAGUACAUCUAGUGGGGAGGGCAGCCUGGAGAUUGACUUUGAGGACUCUCUGUGGAAACCGGAUGUCAAGGCUGAAUUGAACUCAGAGUUUGUGGUGGCAUGAGAUGCAUACCUGUAGCAUUCUCUGUUUUAUUAGUGUGCUCCAGGGAGUGCCUGCUCCUGCACUUGGUAUGGACCAUGGAGAGUUGGAGAGGCUUUUUGUUUUGAUUUUUCUUUCUUCCAACAGAGGAAUACGUAAUGAUCAGAAAAGGAAAAGCAAAGAGAGGAAGGAAAUUAAAAAUAAAGAAUAAAAGAUAAUUUUAAUGUUUAGUGGACUUAAAUUCCAAUAACUUGUUCUGCCUUAAACGCUGGAAUGUGGAGCAUAGCAAGAUUGCGCUGUUGUUAUGGAGCGUGAAGGCAAUAAGGUGCACUCUUCUACUUUUUUUUCUUCCUUGAGAAAGCUGGACCCUACUAAUCAAGCAGCUCCAUCUCACUCAUCAUACUUUGUAGGGAACAUUUAUGACCUGGUUUGACAGCACACAACAGUCCCAGGCUUUAUUUUUGAAAUGCUGCUUUUCAGGAAGCACCUGCCUCUGUGGGAACAAGAGGUUGGAAUUAAGAGAAAGAAGGGGGACCAGGGACUCUAUAAUAACCCCCUCGCUUUUCCAGCCUGUCCACCACCAUGACUGUCAUAUGUAGCAUUGCUCGUUUAUUUGCUGUGGGCUACUGCCCAUCCCUGACUGGCUAUGGGAAGGCCAUGCUGUGCACAUUGUGCCUCCCCUUAACCAUUCAAGUGGGGGGGCAGUGAUCGGAAGGGAGGCAGCAACCUGAGUGCUUUGUCCAAGCUUCCUACGUUUUUUUUAAAUCAUAUUUACCUCACACUUUGGAUAUUAAGUUCAUUUUUGUUUGCUUUUGUUUUAUAACUUCUCUUGGAUCAAUAAUUUAGGACAAUUUUGUUUUAUCUGAAUGAAACUGGCAUUUUUUUAUGUGUUCUUGGAGCAGAAUUAUUUUCACACAAUGAAAAUGAAUUCUAGAACUGGUACAGAAAAAAAAAUUCUUCUUUGUUUCCUGCCAUUGCCAAUUCCCUGGGUCUCUUUCUCCCCCUCGGGCCACAGUUUCUUCCUUCCCCUCCCCCCCUCCUCUCUGUGUGAAAGGGCCCAUGUCCCAGCUGUGACGUAAUUACUAUUCGGUGCAUGUGCGAGGCGUGUUUCCUGGCAGCCUGUGCGUGAGAAAUCUUUCUUUUCUCUUCUGCUGCUUGUGGGUGUCAAUGUAAGAGGUACAUUUUCAGGACUACCUGACCCCUCUGUCUUGAGGGGCUGCUUGCGGCCAUCUCGUCAUGGAUUUUAAAUUAAAUCUAGUUGUAUAGGUGAGAGAAUUAUUUCAUUGGCUGGGGGGGGGGUCAUCAUUUUUGCUCCUUUGUUUUGAAAUGCUGCCAUAUUGGGCUGUCCAUGGCUUUUGCUCCAUAUAGAUGCAACUUUGAGUAUGACCACAAAUAUCCACUAUGAUUUUUUUCACCAGUAAUUAGUACCUACAUUCAUACUGAGUUUUUCUUAAUGUAUAUUUCAAAUUUACAUUACUUUCUGUCCUUCCACUUAAGAGCACAUUUGCCCCAUGUGUGUGAACAUGUGAUCCCUAUAUUUUCUCUUUAAUUCAGGGGAUAUUGGUAUUCAGUUAUUCUUUUAUGAUUAUAGAAAAUACUGGACUUUAGUAACCCUUUCUUUGCACAUUCUAUUAAUUUAUUUAUAAUCCUCCUUGUUACCUGGUCACCAGAUAUGAACACAGUACCCUUGGUCUAAACUUUUGCGCUAUAUAUAUAUAUAUAUAUAUAUAUAUAUAUAUCUCUUUUGGUUUUAGAGGGUUUUUUUUUAACUUGUUUUAUUACUACCAUUUUUUUCUCUAUGGAACCCAGGGAUUUCUGUGCUUCUUCUCUGGCUACUACGGUGGGGGGAGGGCCAGGGUCUUGGGUUAUGUAUUCUGUACCAUGUGUAGCCAGAGUUGAUGGGGGAGGGGUUGGACAAACAAAAUAUAGAGGUUUAACUUAAAAGGACUAUAAUCCUCUAAAUAAAGAUGUAGCAGGACA